AUAUGAGGCGUCUGUCACUCAACGGAAAAUAAGAGAGACAUUUUGCUCUUCGUUCCAGUUCGUCGCCAUGUCGUGCAGAGAUUGAGUCUCAGGCGUUCCAUCUCCGGGCGGUGGCCUUCAGGCGCGACCUGGACUCCCUGGACAGCCGGCUGCAGUGCGAGGAGAGGUCACGUGACCAGGCUGAGGAGGGCGUGAAGGAAGAGGUCUCCAGGAGCCAGGCGCUGCUCCAGACGCUGGUGCCCCUGUGUGAGCACAACCAGAAGACCGUGGAGCUGAUCCAGCGUCUGCAGAAAGCCCUGGGCGUCCUGCCGGCGGCCAUGAUGCGCAUGUCCACCCGCUCAGAGACCCUGGGGACUAUAAAGGAGGAGAAGCGCGUGACCCAGGAGGUGGAGGCCAUGAUCCAGCAGGUGGAGACCCUGAGGGGCGUUUACAGGGCGGAGCACACGGAGCUCACGGAGCUCAAGGAGUCGCUCGAAGAGAAGCCCGCCCCCGAGAACGACGACUUCGGCGCUCAGCAAGUGGCGGGAUCUCCGUACUACUCGCUCUGGGACCAGGGGGAUGCUGACCUCGAUUUGGCCGGCCUGAACAGGAGGAACGCCUGGAGAGGGGCGGGGAGGAACGCCACGCAGCCGGCUCUGCAUCGCUUAAUUAACUCCACCGCCUGGCUGGAGUAUAACGAGUCCUCUCUGACCAACAGGUACGAGGACGCGGUCUUGCCGCCCAUAGAGGAACAGGAAGCGGAAGUGAAGGAGAAGCUGUCGCGGCUGACCGCGCUGGGAAACAAACUCUCGGCCUUCGUCAAGGCCAUCAGGACGAGGGACCACCCGGUGUCGCGCAUGGUGAGGUCCUUCCCGGCGAUGGUGAGGGACCGCAGCAGCUGGGAAUGGUGGACCCCGCUGGUGCUGGCCGUGAUGCUGGCGUCGCUCCUCGCCCUCCUGGGCACGCUCACGCCCCACCCCGCCGUGGAGGCGGCUCCGGCCAGGCGCGCCGCCUAGCGCCGCUUGGGACGCGCCCGACCCGGCAACCCCUGCCCGGGUCGUUAGGGAGAGCGGGAGGGGGGGAGGGAUGGCACUGACACUCCCUCGUGUGUAACAUUCUCAGUGUGAGAAAGGAAACCUUUUAAUCAUUCUGACCACACCCAGUAAGGUCUGCUGGCUCUGGCCACACCCAGGAAGGUCUGCUGGUUCUGGCCACACCCAGGAAGGUCUGCUGGCUCUGGCCACACCCAGGAAGGUCUGCUGGCUCUGGCCACACCCAGUAAGGUCUGCUGGCUCUGGCCACACCCAGGAAGGUCUGUAUGGUGUUACGCUCCACCCACUGCAGCCUGGGGAAAGUGCUGAGCUAAUCUGAUUGGUCCAUUACCGUACAAAUCGAGCAGUAGACUACUUAAGUAGACAAGCUGAGCUAUUUCAACAGUGAUUUAAAAAACAUAUGUACAAGCAAUUUUUAAAACAUUUUUCCAGAUAAAAUAG